UUGCUUUGAGCAGAAUGAAAGUACUCGCUGUUACACUUCUGGCCCUUCUGGCAGCCGGUGCUCAGGCUGGCAAGCUGACCGAUACCUUGGCCAAGGUUAUUCCCAGCUUUGCCACCGGAUUCGUGAUCAACGGCACCGAAGCCGAUCCUCAUGCGGCACCCUACAUUGUCUCGCUGGGCACUAAGUUCGCCAGUCACUCGCACAUCUGCGGAGGCACCAUCAUCAACAAGGAAUGGAUCGUCACUGCCGCCCAUUGCAUCUCCAACCCGGUUGGCAUGAGCGCCAUUGCCGGUCUCCACAAGCGCGCCGAGGUGGAUGAGCGCACCCAGCACCGCCAGAUUGACUUUGGCCGCGUCCACGAGCAGUACACCGGCGGCGUUGGUCCCUUUGACAUUGCCGUAUUGCAUGUGAGCGAACCUUUCGAUUUCAACGAGUUUGUCGGCCCAGCCACCCUGCCCAGCCGUGAGGAGAUCCACGAGGGUGAGACCCAUCUGUACGGUUGGGGCCAGCCCAAAUCCUACAUUUUGACUGCCGCCAAGACUCUGCAGACCGUUACCACCGAGGUUGUCAACUACGAUAAGUGCAAGGAGGUUCUGCCCGCCGAUGCCCCUCUCGCUGAGAGCAAUGUCUGCUCCGACUCCCUGCAGCAGAGCAUCUCCGCUUGCAACGGCGACUCCGGCGGCCCACUGGUCGUUGAGCAUGAGGAUGCUGCCUCUGAGCUAAUUGGUGUUGUCUCCUGGGGCUACAUUCCCUGCGGCCUGGCCAACUACCCCUCGGUCUACACCCGCGUCUCUGCCUACAUCGACUGGAUCGCCAAGAUCCAGAGUGCCUACUACAUUCUGAACUAAGUUCUUCCUUCAACUUUUUAAUAAACGAACUUGACUCUAGUCAAGUCCAGUUGGAUUAUUGAGUACAAA